GAGAAAUGGAAAAUGGAGGCGCUUGAAUUCUACGUCAAGGGCUCUCGCCUUGUCUUCGGCCUGGUAUACACCCACAUCCAGCAAAAGAUAUCUGCGGUUGGCCAUCGAUGGACGUACCGGGAAACUCCAUCGCCUAAGAAUGUCGUGGUGCUCGGGGGCUCAUACGCCGGCGUCCACCUUGCGCAACGGUUAACCGAAUCGCUACCAACCGGCUACCGGGCAAUCUUGAUUGAGAGGAAUUCCCAUUUUAAUCACUUGUUUGUGUUUCCUCGCUGUGGUGUAGUAUCUGGUCUGGAACAGUCUGCCUUCAUCCCCUAUGACGGAGUCGCCAGGUCCGCUCCACCGGGUAUAUUCAAGCAUAUACAGGACUCGGCGACAAGCAUAACAGACAACCAAGUUAUUCUUGCCUCUGGUGAAAAGAUUGACUAUGAAUACCUUGCAAUCGCUACUGGGUCGUGGCAACCGUCGCCGGCUAAGCUCGCUUCAACGGAGAAAGCAAGCGCUUGUGAGGAAAUGCAUGGCUCUCAGGAACGUGUUGAACAGGCGGAUCACAUUGCUGUAGUUGGAGGAGGCCCGGUCGGAGUACAAGUUGCGUCUGAUAUCAAGAGCUACUUCCCUCAAAAAGUUGUGACUUUGAUUCAUUCUCGCACACAGUUGCUCCCUAACUUUGGCCCCCGGCUACAUGAACAUGUGAUGAAGACGCUCAAGCAGCUGGAUGUUAAUUUGAUCCUUGGUGAACGACCUCAAACAGUAACUACUGAGGAUAUUGCGUCAAUGGCCAAAGACAAGAUACAAGAUACUUUAAGUUUCAGGGACGGCCAUAAGGAGACGUUCGACCUGGUGAUCCGUUGUACCGGCCAGCGACCGAACUCCAGCAUUAUUGCCAACAUAUUCCCUUCUGCCAUUUGCAAGCAAAGCAGACAGAUCCUCGUGCAUCCAACCCUUCAGAUCAACAAUGGUCCCAACAUGCCGAACCCUAACAUCUUUGCCCUCGGCGAUGUGGCCAAAACCACCGGUCCGAGAAUGGAGAGGACUGCACGGGCACAGGCGGAGAUUGUUGCCUCAAACAUUGUGUCCCUGAUUACCGGUUAUACUCCACUCCAGACUUACCGUGUCACAGAAGCACAUGGUGUCAUCAAGCUGACAUUAGGGAAGCAUGACUGGGCCAUGUACUAUAGGGAGGAUAGUGGCCAUGAAUUGAUGGUGCAUGGAAAGGCAAAGGGUGAUAAUAUUGACGUUCGUCCAGUUUGGCAGGCCAUGGGUGCAAAAUACCCUCCCGCUCCUGCUCCCGUUCCCACUCCCUCCUAA